AUGGUGAAAUACAAUAAGAGAUACACUGUGCAAUGUUAUGCAGAGUGUUGUGAGUGGAGAUUACAUGCCAGUAGGUUAGUUGAUGGUAAGAAAUGGGCAAUAAAGAAAAUAUGGCCAGAUGUUCAUAAUUGUAGGGGUUUGGAAACCUACAACCCUAUUUGUACUGUGAAGUGGGAUGCUUCUGAGGUGAUGGAAGAUAUUAGGGCUGAUCCAGACAUUCCAAGCAAAGCAUUGAAUGAACUCCUAUGUCAGAGGUUUGGAAUAUAUAUGAAACAAGCUUCAUUGUACAAGCUGAAGAGGUAUGUGAUUCAAGAGCUGUUUGGUGGUCAUGAUGAGUCUUACACUCUUAUGCCAAGGCCUUUGAUUGGGGUUGAUGGAGCACAUUUGAAGGGCAACUAUGGUGGUAUUCUGUUGUCUGCAGUUGCAUUAGAUGGCAACAAUGAAUUUUAUCCAAUAGCAUAUGCCAUAGUGAGAGCUGAAGACAAAGAAAGUUGGGCUUAUUACCAAACCCAGAGAAUUUUUGGCUUGCACCAACAAGAAGUUGAUCUUUCUCUGACACAAGUAUGGCCUGAUGCAAAAAGGAGGUAUUGCUCCAGACAUUUGAGCAGGAAUUACAAAAAAGAUUUCCUAGGUGCUUUCAUGUAUACUUUGUUCUGGAGGCUAUGCAAUGCAACAAAUAAGUUCACCUUCAGAAAAGCAAUGGAAAAGUUGCAAAAGGAAGGCGGAGAUGAUGUUAUGACUUGGUUUGCUGAUUUAGGAGAUUAA